UGAUACAGCAUCCAAAGUGUAAUGAAUAAUUUCACCAUGCUCAAAGGGAUAUUUAGUGUCUGCUUUUUUUUUUUACCCAUCUACCAAUAGGUGCCCUUCUUUGCGAGGCAUUGGAAAAUCUCCCUGUUCUUUGCGGUUGAACCUGUGUUUGAAAUGUGUGUAUGUGUGGGGUACAGAAAUUGGGUAGUCAUUAAAAAAUCAUGUUGAACACUAUUAUUGCACACAGAGUCCGUAUACCUUGUUUUAAGCACAUGUUUACUCUUGAACUAAUUUAAGCUUGCCAUGACAAUGUGGUUGAAUACUUUUACAGCUUUUUCAUUUUUUAUUAAUUUGUUUAAAAAAACAUUGUUUGACAUUGUGCUCUAUUGUGUGGGCCCAAAAUCCAGGUUGUAAAACAACAAAAUGUAGAAAAAGUCAAGGGGUGUGAAUACUUUCUGAAGUCACUACAUGCAUACAUACAGUGGCUUCAUGCAUACAUACAGACUGGCUGAAUGUAUUUAAUUUGCCUGUUUUAAUUUAAUUUGCCUCAGUCUGUUUCUCAUAUCUCAUCAUCAGACUCCUUUAAGUGUUGUUUAUAUUUUAUUUUACCCCAUGUUAAACAUGUUUCCUAUCUCCCUGGUAUUCCCCCCUCCCUCUAGCCAUAUUUCCCCCAUCAUGUUUACCAGCUGCCACGCCAGUACGUGGGCACUUUCCCUGUUCAUGCACCUCCACUACGUCCAUUCCCACAUAAAAGUGGCUUUCCCCGGGAUCCGAGCAGUGGACACCCGUUAAAGGUACCGUCUUUGAAAAAGAAGCAGGGUUCUGCCUCUGUGGUGUCGGCCACCCCGGCCAUCCUCCUGAGCUCCAUGAACACAGACGCAGUGUGUGAGCGCGUCAAACAGAUCGAGGGCAUCGACCAGAGCAUGCUGGUCCAGUACACAGCCACCAUCAAGAAGGCUAAUGUGAACGGCAGAGUUCUGACCCAGUGCAACAUCGAUGAACUGAAGAAUGAGAUGAAAAUGAACUUUGGAGACUGGCAGCUCUUCAGAGGAACGGUGUUGGAGAUGCGUCACGUGGAGAGCCAGGUGCUUCAUGAGGAGGCUCCCAGCGAGAUGGGCAGCAGUGUGACGGGACACGGGGAACCAAGGCGCAAGGUCGCCCCGCCCCAAGCUGGCGCCGCCAACCUCGACGCCAACUCACCAAUGUACAGCUUUAACCUGAGCUUUGAGGAGCUAAGCAACGUGGGACUGGAUGAGCCUCCCAGGAACAGCAACAACACAUGGAUGGCCCCUACCCACCGCACCCCCAGCAUGUCCAGCCUCAACUCCCCGGAGUCAUCCAACGACAUCGUCAAGCUGACGGAAAAGCAGCAAUCCGAGUACCGCAACGCCUAUCAGGAGUACAUCGCCCAGAUGGCCACGCUGGAGGUGGGCGGAGGCGGGGGAGAGAAGCCUGUCCAGCCCCACCCCAACCAGUUCAUGACCUCCUCCAGCUCCGAAGAUAAGACCAAGGACAAGGCUACCGCCAAGAGGAGCACCGCCAAGCCCCCCGCUGUAGACGCCCCAGACUUCACCAACGCUGAAGCCCCCCUGGACCCCAUCACAGAGGAAGAUGAGAAGCAGGACCCCCAUGGCUCCUCCAAAACCCUCCUGGGCCGCAAGGCCUCCGGACCCAACGACAGGGGGAGCGUCCUGUUUCUGGGAGCCGCCGAUCUCAAGUUGAAGACUACCGGCGGGCUGCGUUACCAGAAGCUGACCAGCGAUGACGAGGAUUCAGAGAACUCUGACACUCCUCUCCUGGGCGACGGGAAGAAGCUCGGUGAAACCAAAGCAUCCUCCUGCAGCAGCUCCUUGGCCCUGGCUAAGGGGAAAGAAUAUCUCUCCGAUGCCAUGCUGGAUAAGAAGGAUUCGUCGGACUCUGGCAUGCGGUCCAAUGAGAGCUCCCCCAACCACUCUCUGCAGGACGAGGAGGCCGACCUUUCCCAGCUGGAAAGGGCCAACCUCAUCGACCUGGACCAAGAGGAGAGCCAGAGCCUGGCAGCCAGGAAGAUGGGUCUGCCCAGCAGCCUGAGUGGCCUCCAGGACCCAGCCGUGGCCCGCAUGUCCAUCUGCUCCGAGGACCAGUGCAGCCUGCUGGCCAGCAGCCCCGAAGAGAGCUGGCCCUUGUCCAAGAGCUACAACCUGAACCGCACGCCCAGCAACACCACCCUCAACAACAACACCAACGCCCAGCAGCAGCGUUGCCCAGGGCAGUGUGCUCCGGUAGGGUCGACCGACACUACCUGCUCCACUCCUACCUCCUCCUCCACCAGCGAGAUCAUCGUCUCCCCGGGUUCUGGCACCACCAAGUCCGGGCCGCAGAACGAGAACGUGCGCGUGGUGCACCUGAAGCGGGGGCUGAACCCCGGGGAUCCCCCAGAGAUCACCAGCGUGUCCUCUGACACCGUCACAUUCGGAGAGGAGCGCGAGAGCAUCCUGUGAGCCUCUCCGCCCACGCCGUACCCAGGAGGGAGACCCCUGGAGAGCACUCAGUCAGUAGAUCUUUGUUGUGGUAGUCUGAACAACGCAUGAGCAGAAAGGUACCGUAGCUAGCUAAAUGGGUAGAUAAAUGAAGAUUUUAGGGCUAUAUGUUCCUAGUUGUGUACUAUGUAGAUAGCAUCGUUAAACCGGCCUGAUUUUGCGUGCUCACAUUCUGUUUUACUUCAGUGAAAUAAAAGGCACAACGGUCUGUCUGGUUUCAUGAGGCUACUAUGUACUGUAGAGGCAGCGUACUGAUGUUGUAUUGUGUAUUUUUAUCAUCUGAAGUGAAGUGACCCAUACUAACUAUCUUAGUUACUUACAGUAUAAUUGACAACUAACUAUCUGUGAAUUCUCCUGCACUAGAGCAAACAUUUUAAGCUUGAGUGCCAGUCUGUUUGUGCUAUCAGGCCAACUUCUUGUCACUCAUUGUCAUGCCAAGGGAUUUGACAAUGAGCAAUGGAGUUGGCAAGAGCACAAAUCUAUCCGGGACCAGUCUAGGAGCAUGUGCCAACAGUAUUAUUCUUAGCUGCUGCUCCCUGUGUCUGUCAACUAGUGAUGUAUGGAGCUUGUGGGUUCUGUACAAUAGAAGAUCGAUGAAUAAUAAAUUCAAAUGAACACGUGAGCCAAUUGAACAAAAGUGUGUGUAGGAUCUGUCUUUGCCGUGUCUCAGCAAAUGUCAUGGAGGAGACUCAACUGAACUGUUCUGCAAUGUUGCUAUAGCCACAGGACUUUUAACUAUGUUUGCAUCCCAAAUGGCACCCUAUUCCCUAUAAAGUGCACCACAUUUGACCAGCGCUAUGGGGCCCUUCUUACAACACUAACAAACUUUUGAGGAUAAAAGGGAGGGGACGUUGACACUAAGUUUAGACAAGUGUUUUAAGAAAAAAUUUACAGAAAAGUUAUUGCUCUCCAGAAAAAUUCAGUUGCAUUCUCCAUGUGAUAAAUUGGGACUGUAUGUACGCUUCUUUGUAAAUGAACAGUGGUUGUAAAAUCAUUUUGGUUUAUUAAAUGUCAUGGUCUGUCUCGUCCCGUAACACUAGUACUAUGUAUCCAAUGCCAUUGAAAUGUACAUCUGAUAAGCAGAUGGCAUCGGAUUCACAAAUCUGGCUACAGAUUAUGACCCGUGCCAUACAUAUGCAAAUUAGUUUGACGUCUGUGCAAGUGUCAGAGUGCCCUCCUACGUGUAGCAUGCACUGUGAUGUUCUAUGGUGUAUUUUACCCAGUCUGGUGAUAACCGUGUCGGAGAAUAAAAUAGGGGAUUCGAUCUAUAAAGGAAAAUAAGUGAAUUUUGCCAUCAGACAUGAAUCGGAUUGUAAAAAAUAAAAUCUGGAUGUUGGCUGUA